AGAGUGAGAGCUCUUCUCCUUCUUCUUCUUCUCUUCUCUGCUCCUCCUCCGUCUCCUCCGCUAGCUUAGCCUGCUAGCCUACCUCAGGUAAACAUGGCCCUGUCCCAGGCUCUGUCAGAGGAGGAGUUCCAUCGGAUGCAGGCUCAGCUGCUGGAGCUCAGGACUCAGAACUACCAGCUGUCUGAUGAUCUCAGGAAGAACUCGGCCGAACUGAACGCCGUCCGUCAGAAAAAUGCGGUUUUGGAAAGAGAUUUUGUCAAAGCACAGAAGGCUUUGAAUAAGAGCAAGAAGGCUCAGGAGGUGGAGGCGCUGCUGAGUGAGAAUGAGAUGCUUCAGGGGAAACUCCACAGUCAGGAGGAAGACUUCAGACUACAGAACAGCACGCUGAUGACCGAGCUCUCGAAGCUGUGUACGCAGAUCGAGGAGCUGGAGCAGGAGAACCAGGGUCUGAAGGACGGAGCAGCCUCUGCACCCAGCCCCCCCCCAAACCCCACCUCCAGUCCUGUGGAUGGAGAGCUGCUCCGCCUGCAGGCCGAGAACUCCACCCUGCUGAAGAAAAUGAAAACUCUCCAGGAGCGCUUCGACAUGGAGCAACAGAAACAGCCGGUCGCCGAGGGCAACCAGAACGCUGCCAUGGAGACAGCCGGCGCCAACGGAGUCUCUGAUGCCACAGGGAAGGGGGAGGAGCCGACAUCAGUGGGAGCCAAUGAGAGACUAGAACAGAAGGAGGCUCAGCUGGAACACAAAGAGAAACAGCUACAUGGCCUGUCAGAGAAGAGCGUAGAGAAGAUUGUAGCUAAGCAGGCAGCGAUAGGCUGGUCGGCUGCUCUCUGUCCAAUAACUCACUGCUUUGGACCAGAGCUGGAGAUGGCACUGAACACCGAGCAGGAGGAGAAGAGGCUGCUGAGGGAGCAGAUCCAUGCCCUGGAGGCGUCCAAACAGGCAGAAAUCACCAAACUGCAGGAAGAGAUAACAAAGCUGACUGACAAGUUAAAGAAGAAGCAGGAGAGUUUUCAGCGUCUGCAGGGAGAGAAGGAGGCUCUGUACAACGACAGCAGGUCAGAACUGAGAUUAUAA